AUGAGCCUGACCUUCUCUGCGCGUGCGCUCGCCCCGCGCGUGUCCGUCUCGGGUAUCCGGCGCUCGACGGGAUACACGCGGCCCUUGAAGCGGUUACGCCGUGACGGGGCGUCGGAAGAGAUCCUGGCCGCGACAGUUGGGCAAGUCGCAGAAGCCAAGCCGAUUGGCACGACCCGUCGCAAAUCGGCUCCGUCCCCAAUCCCCCGCGCACGUCUGGACUAUGCGCGUCUUCUGGAAGAUCCGGCGGCAACAAAGCUCAACGUGACGGAGCGCGGUAUGCCUUUUGCCGAGGAGCACGUUGAGGACCUUCGUGAUGCCCGUGCUUAUGCCAUGGAGAUUGGGAGAAAGUUGCAAGAAGCGCGGGCGGAACACGGCGCCAUCUCGUCUCUCUUCCGCGACCAGAACAAGAAGAAGGAUAAAAAGCAGGCAAUCGCCGACGCGCGGGUGAUGAAGGAGCGCGUGCAGAAGCUGGAAAAGGAGUCUCGGGAGGCCGAUGACGAGCUGUUCGACCUCGGAUCGUCCUUGCCCAACUUUACGCAUCCCGCCGCACCGAGGGGAAAGGAAGAGAAUGCGGUCGAGAUCGACAGGUUUGGGCCUGAACCUUUACGGACGGAUGAGGCGCGCGAUCACGUCGAGAUUGCCCGCCGGUUUGGAUGGCUCGAUACAGGUGCGAGUGCGCUCUCGACCGGCGCGUCGUGGCCAUACCUCCGAGGAGCGUUUGCUCAGCUCGAGCACGCACUCGUCGGGUAUGCAAUCAGCAAAGCCAUGGCGGUGGGGUAUCAAGUCGUGUCCCCGCCUGACGUGGUCAUGGCUGACAUUGCUGCGCGGUGUGGUUUCCAACCUCGCGAUGGCGAGAACGGACCGCGUCAGACUUACUUUAUUGAGCAGGAGGAGGAGAACAGCAAACAACCGACGCUGUGCCUCGCGGGCACGGCUGAGAUUCCCCUCGCGGCCAUGUUCGCCAACCAGGUGCUCUACUCUGCCGCUCUUCCUACGCGGGUCGUGGGUAUUGGGCGUGCGUUCCGCGCCGAGGCUGGAGCACGCGGUGCCGACACUCGAGGCCUGUACCGCGUCCACCAGUUCACCAAGGUUGAGCUAUUUAGCGUAACCACUCCCGAGGAGAGCGAGCAGGUCAUGGAAGAGAUGCGGGCGCUACAGAAGGACAUUGCGCAGAGUCUAGGCUUGAGUGUGCGCGUCUUGGACAUGCCAACUGAAGAACUCGGCGCCUCCGCCGCCCGGAAAUACGACAUGGAAGCCUGGAUGCCCGGCCGCGGCAAGUGGGGCGAGAUCACCAGUACCUCGAACUGCACAGACUACCAGAGUCGCCGGCUGCUCAUCCGCUACCGCGACGGGGACGCGGGCAUGCGCUACCCACACACUCUUAAUGGGACGGCGGCGGCUGUUCCGCGCCUGAUUGUUGCGCUGGUGGAGAACGGGGCGCGGUUCAAGAAUGGCGAGGUGUCGUGUUUGUUGGACACCCCAUCGAUCACCCAGCGCGAGACAAGAGACCAGAGACCAGAGAUACUUUACCACAUUGCCCUCGCCCGCAUCGAACCGCAUCGCUCACCUCGGGACAGCACAGACCACUAA